CCCCCCCCGUGUAUCUUUUGUGUGUGCGCUAUACCAUCACUCUCGCGAGCGUGCAUCGUCAUCCUUCUAGAACAACCGAAGCCCCCUUCCCCCUUCUCUCUUCAACGCAUCGUUCACUAUGGCCUCCGCCGCUGUGCUCAAGAGUGCACGAUCCCACCCCAAGCUACUGUCGCUGCAGCACGUGGACGACGCUUUCCUCUCCUGCAGCGGCAACGCGCCCAUGACCCCACUGGGCAACGACGCACCGCUCUUCACCGCCACCGUGUCCCCGCGCGAUCCCGCCGCCAAGCUGGCUGCUGCAACCUCAGCACAGGCCUCCAAGGGGCAGUCCAGCCCUGUGACCAACGCAUUUACCAGCCACCGCGUGUGCAUCCCGUCUUCAGCCUCGAGCGAUGAUGCUUCUGACGAUGAAGACGAUGACACCGAGGACGUGUCGCGCUCCUCCGGAUCGGCCUCGAAGCCCAUCAAGGGCAACACCGGUCGCUGGACUGAAGCCGAGCACAAGCUCUUCUUACAGGGUCUUGAAACCUUCCCCUACCGAGCCUGGAAGAAGAUCGCGACGCUCAUCAAGACGCGUACCGUCGUACAGAUCCGCACCCACGCGCAGAAAUACUACCAGAAGCUGGAGAAGGAGGAGGCGCGUCUUAAAGAGCGCGAAGCUCAGGACCGUGCAGCCAUUGCAUCUGGUGCUACGCCCUCCUCAAUCCCCACCAGUCCCGCCUCGCAGAAGAAGAAGAUGCAUCUCAUGCGCAAGCGCAAGUGCUCCAUGCUCGACAUGGACACGGACACCGAUAGCGACGCGUCUGUGCUCCCCAGCGUACCCAAGCGUCUUGCGCGCGAGCAGCCUCUAGCUGGUCAAAUGUCCCCCAAGCAGAAGAUGCCGUCGCUCUCGGGUAACAAGGUCUUCUUCGCCAACCCGAUGGACACCCGUUUCAUGUUCGCCCGCAACAUGAAGAGCCACACCGUUAUGCAGCCGCCGCACCAGCUGCCUCUGGACUUUGCUGACGCUGCAGCUGAAGCAAUGAUCCUCGACUUCGCUGAAGACAAGGCCUUGACCGACUACUCGUUAGACUGCGUGGACCAGACUCUCGCGUCUAUCGAUAACGACGACCUGCUGGAGCUCACUGAGGAGGAGCUUGAUUGGUUCUCGACCACGGAGGAGAAGGCUAGUGUGGUCAAGUCUGAAGCCGUCGAGACGACGAACGCCGCACCCUUGUCGGAGCUUGACACGGCCGCUCUGGGUGGGGAUAAUUUUGCUGGCGACUUAAGUCUUGACGAUGCCGAUGACGACUUUGUGUUGGACCCAGAAAAAUUCCUGUCGAGCUACUUCGCCCCGAACGACAAGGCAUGAAAUGGGAAGGGCGACGUCGUGGUGGUCACAAGUGCUGCAGCUUCCUCGUAGAGCGCCGUCCCAUUUGUCCGUCCGUCCGUAGUUUCUUGUCCCCAUUUUUUGAGAUCCCCCUACCACCCAACUUCCUGUUAUGUUGGGCAUUCGAGCUGUAGCUGGUGCCCUUCUUGAGAAGUGUCCUAUUAUUAUUAUUAUUCAAACAUCAAAACAUUUUUUUUUUUAAUCUCAGCCUGAAUUUGGUCAAGUUGAAGUUUCUAAACGGAGUUAGGGCAG